AUGUCUCCCGAAGUUGAGAAGGCGGCCCUGCUGCCAUCGAGCGCACCCGAGCUGCAGCGGAAGGAACCUGCAAAGUUCACUCCCCAGCGCAAGUGGGCCAUUGCUAUCCUUUCUCUCCUUGCAUUGCUCCAAAUCGUCGAUGUGGUUGAUCUCUUCCGCGGCCAUGAAUCGGACGCGCCUCUAUGUUCCCAGGCGCCGCCUUUGAUCCCGAGCACGAAUGUGCAGCUCUGGGGAAGCCUUGGUGAUACAUAUGGAACUGAAGCGUUCAAGAACAGGGCUGUUGACCUCUUGGCCGGCGCUGUGCGCAUUCCUACACAGUCCUACGACAAGAUGGGGCCGAUUGGCGAGGACCCGCGUUGGGAGGCGUUCGUGCCGUUCCACGAAUACCUUCAGAAGGCGUUCCCUAAAAUCCACUCGUCGCUCGAAUUGACUAAAGUGAACACUUACGGCCUGGUAUACUACUGGAAAGGCUCGGAUGAAUCGUUGAAGCCAAUUCUGUUGACGGGACAUCAAGACGUUGUACCAGUAAACCCCGACACGUACGAUGAAUGGACACACCCACCAUUCUCGGGCUACUAUGAUGGGACCUAUGUAUGGGGACGCGGCAGCAGAGACGACAAGAGUGGUCUAAUUGGUUCAAUGACCGCUGUCGAGACGUUAUUGGAGCGUGACUUCCAACCGACGCGCGGUGUUGUCCUCGCGUACGGUUUUGACGAAGAAGUGAGCGGCGUGCAGGGCGCCUCCUCGCUCGGCGACUACCUCUACGCGACCUUUGGCGAAGAUUCCUUUGCCAUGCUGGUCGAUGAAGGCGGUGGAAUCUCAGAACAGUACGGCGGCGCCUUCGCGCUUCCGUCCGUGGCUGAGAAAGGCUAUCUCGACGUCCGACUUGAGCUGUCCGCUCCUGGUGGGCACUCAAGCGUUCCACCCCCUCACACGACCAUCGGCAUGCUCGCCCAGCUACUUGUCCACUACGAGAAUCACCCUUUUAAGGCGACCCUUGAGCGCGACACGCCCAUGUACUGGCAUGCGCAGUGUCUGGCCGCAUAUGCUCCAGAACUGCCCAAGUCCAUCCGGAAGUCGGUCAAGAAGGCAGCGAGCUCCGACAAGGCCUUGCGGGCCGCGCAGGACAAGCUGUUCGAGGACCCAACGUUCAAGGCGCUGGUCGGGACUACGCAGGCGGUGGACAUGAUUUCGGGCGGCGUCAAGUCAAACGCGCUACCGGAGAACGCAAUGGCGAUUAUAAACCAUCGCAUUGCGACGGACAGCUCGGUCAGCGCGGUCAAGCAGCACAGCACCAAGCUCUUCAAGUCGAUUGCGGCCGGCUUCAAUCUCUCGUACACCGCCUUCGGCUCAAGCGUCACGGGCGACCAGCCGGGCUACGGUACUUUGACCCUCAGUGACGCGUGGGGGACUGCUCUCGAGCCCGCACCUGUGUCGCCGGUUGGGCCGGACGCGGCGCCGUUCCAGCUGCUGUCCGGUACGAUUAGAACAACCUGGAAUACGCAUCGUGCCAUCUCGGAAGAAGAGGACGGCAUCACUGUGAUUCCCAGUCUCGUCUCCGGUAACACUGACACGCGUUACUAUUGGAAGCUGACGCCGCACAUUUUCCGCUACACACACUACAAUGCUGGAAGCGGGUCAGGACUCAGCGGUGUACACACCGUUAAUGAAGCGUGCAACAUGGAUAACCUGGUCGAGAUGGUCAGGUUCUUCACGACCCUGAUUCUGAAUGCGGACGAGUCGACUUUGCUGUAA